GAUCUAGGAGGCAGCGAGCCACGAGCAGGAACGGCUGGUGCGAGACUAGGAAAUCUGCUAUUCGCUGGGGCUGAAAUUAGGGAAAGAGAGGGAAAUGUUUUCAUUCCGCCUCAAUGCUUGCGGAUGAUAAUCCUGACACUGGCCAUGCAAUGAAUGCACCUAAUAACUGCCAACUAAUGUAAACUAAGCAUAUUGCAAUAUGGAUAACAGGGUCUGCAAAUGCUAGGAGUUCAGUCGGUGAGAUUUAUAAAAGGAAUGAAUUCCUUUUGUCAAGUGUCGACCCUACUUAGCUUCUAUAAAGCUCUAAAUCCUUGUUUUGUACUUGCACCGAAUCUAAGGUAGCUGCAGUUUUUGUCACAUUCUUCCCUUAAGUUCAAAUGGAAAUUAAUGAUUCUCAUAAGAGAAGUGGAAGCUUAAGAAUCAAUAGUUCAUCCUUAGGGAGAGCCAGUGGACGGCAGGAAGAUGAAGAGAGAGCAUUAAAGUGGGCUGCGCUCCAGAAAGUUCCCACCUUUGAUCGCCUAAAGAAGGGAUUAGUGACUGGGUUAAGAGGCGAGACUUGUGAAAUUGAUAUAAAGAACAUUGGAUAUGAAGACAAGAAAAAAAUCCUUGAGAGGUUAUUAAAAGUUCCAGGAAGAGAUAAUGAGCAGUUCUUGCUGAAACUCAAGGAUCGGUUUGAGAGGGUAGCGAUUGAUAUUCCCACAGUUGAGGUCAGAUUUGAGCAUUUGAAAGUGGGUGCUGAAGCUUAUGUAGGAAAAAGAGCUUUCCCUUCUAACACUAGCUUCUCCUUAUUAAAGACGCUGGAGGGGCUCUUGAGCUACCUCAAUCUUCCCAGAAAAAAAGAGUACAUUUCUAUUCUUCAUGAUGUUAGUGGAAUCAUAAAGCCUGGCAGAAUGACUUUGCUCUUAGGGCCUCCAUGUUCCGGGAAAACCACUCUUCUGCUGGCAUUGGCAGGGAAGCUUGACCCUAGUUUGGAAUUCUCUGGAAGAGUUUCAUACAAUGGCCAUGAAAUGAAUGAAUUUGUAGCCAUGAGAACUGCUGCUUACAUCAGCCAGGAUGACCUCCAUAUUCCAGAAAUGACUGCCCGAGAAACCCUGGCCUUCUCUGCGAGAUGCCAAGGCGUCGGUUCCAGAUAUGAAAUGUUAGCAGAGUUAUCUAGGAGAGAAAAAGCUGCAAAUAUUAUGCCUGAUCAGGAUAUAGAUGUUUUUAUGAAGGCUGCUGCCUCAAACGGGGUGGAAGCAAAUGUGAUUGUAGAUUACAUCAUCAAGAUUUUGGGACUUGAAGUCUGUGAGGAUACAAUUGUAGGGAAUGAAAUGUUAAGGGGUAUGUCAGGAGGAGAACGGAAGCGACUUACAAUAGGUGAAAUGCUUGUGGGACCAGCAAAUGUUUUCUUGAUGGAUAAUAUAUCAAGCGGUUUGGACAGUUCAACGACUUUCCAAAUCCUGAAAUCCAUUAAACAUUAUGUACACAUUCUCCGUGGAACUGCAGCAAUUUCACUUCUUCAGCCCGCACCAGAGUGCUUUGAUCUGUUUGAUGAUAUUAUUCUAAUAUCUGAAGGCCAGGUCGUUUAUCAGGGCCCUCGUGACUAUGUGCUUGAAUUUUUUGAAUUCAUGGGGUUCAGGUGCCCGGAAAGGAAAGGAGUGGCUGACUUCUUGCAAGAGGUAACAUCAAGGAAAGAUCAACCGCAGUAUUGGGUGCAUAAGGAAAGGCCAUACAGAUUCGUGACAGUCAAGGAAAUUUCUGAAGCAUUUCAAGCUUUUCACAUUGGCCGUGACUUAAGUGAUGUGCUUGGUACCCCUUUUCAAAAGGCUAGAAGUCAUCCUGAUGCCUUAACUACCAAAGCAUAUGGAGUUGGUAAAGUGGAGCUAAUCAAGUCAUGUUUCUCCAGAGAGGUUCUGCUGAUGAAGCGAAAUUGUACUCUCUAUGUUUUUGGAAUUGCUUCGGCAGUCAUUUUGGCAGUGGUUACAUUAACAGUGUUUAUGAGGAUCCAUCUUGACCGAAAGUCAAUCUUCAGUGCACAAAUGUACAUGGGCUCGCUCUUUUUUACCCUUUCUGUCUUCCUGUUCAGUUCCAUACAAGAGUUAGCCCCAACUAUUUUGCGGCUUCCUGUUUUCUAUAAGCAAAGAGACCAUUUGUUUUAUCCUGCGUGGGCUUAUGCAAUACCCACAUGGAUCCUUGGAAUCCCCAUAUCAUUUAUGGAAGUUUCUAUAUGGGUGUUCUCUACAUACUAUGCCAUUGGUUAUGAUCCAAAUGCUGGAAGGUUAUUGAAACAAUGGCUUUUGCUCCUAAUUUUCAAACAAUUUUCAUCUGCAUUGUUUAGAUGUGCUGCGGUUGUAAGUAGGACUUUGAUCAUAGCAUUUGUUGCGGGUUCAUUCGUAAUGCUUAUUUUUGUUUGCUUAGGUGGUUUCAUCUUGUCACGAGAGGAUGUGAAGAAAUGGUGGCUUUGGGGUUAUUGGAUAUCACCUCUGAUGUAUGGUCAAAAUGCUAUAGCAGUAAAUGAGUUCCUUGGAAAAAGUUGGAGAAAUGUCCUUCCGUUUUCAUCAGAAUCAUCACUUGGUGUUUUGGUACUCAAGUAUCGUGGGCUUUCCCCAAAGGCAUAUUGGUACUGGAUUGGGGUAGGGGCACUGAUUGGAUACACAAUUAUGUCAAACUUCCUGUACACUCUUGCUCUGGCUACACUAAAACCACUUGCGCAAUCUAAGACCAUUAUUAUGUCACCAGAAUCUGAAGUUGGUGACAGAGGAUGUGGACGAGCCGCGAAAAGUAACCCAAUGUUUUCAGGCCUCAACUACAUCAAAUGUGGGAUGGCCCUUUCAUUUCAGCCGCAUUCCAUUGCUUUUAAUGAUAUUAAAUAUUCAAUAGAUAUGCCCCAGGAGAUGAAGGAUCAGGGUGUCACAGACGAACGUCUUGAGCUUUUGAAAGGUGUGAGUGGGGCCUUUAGGCCAGGUAUUCUGACAGCUCUUAUGGGGAUUAGCGGUGCAGGUAAAACCACACUUAUGGAUGUUCUAUGUGGGAGGAAAACAUGUGGAUAUAUUGAAGGGGACAUCAGCAUUUCUGGCUUUCCAAAGAAGCAGAAAACAUUUGCCCGCAUUUCUGGAUACUGUGAGCAAAAUGACAUCCACUCUCCUCACCUUACAGUAUAUGAAUCCUUGAUUUUUUCAGCUUGGCUCCGCUUAACAUCACAAGUCAAUUCAGAAACUAGAAUGAUGUUCAUUGAGGAGGUCCUGGAAUUGGUUGAACUUACCUCUUUGAGGAAAGCAGUAGUUGGGUUACCUGGCGUGAAUGGCCUAUCAACCGGACAAAGGAAAAGGCUGACCAUUGCAGUGGAAUUGGUGGCUAAUCCUUCUAUACUCUUCAUGGAUGAGCCAACCACGGGCCUUGAUUCAACCGCUGCUGCAAUCAUCAUGAGGACAAUUAGGAACAUUGCUGACACUGGUAGAACAAUUGUCUGCACUAUCCACCAGCCAAGUAUUGACAUCUUUGAAGCUUUUGAUGAGUUACUUCUACUGAUUCAAGGAGGGCAAGAAGUUUACUUUGGCCCAAUAGGCGAUCGCUCUUUCCAUUUAAUAACUUAUUUUGAGAGUAUUCACGGAAUAAGAAAAAUUAGAACUGGUCAUAAUCCAGCAAUGUGGGUGCUGGAAAUCACAAAACGUGAAAACGAAGAAGAUCUGGGGAUUAAUUUCAACGAGAUCUACAACAACUCAGAACUAUGUCGGAGAAACAAGGCAUUGGUGAAACAACUGAGCACACCUUCUCCAGGCUCAAGGGAUCUAAAAUUUCAAACCAAAUAUCCACAACCAUUCUUGACACAAUUCCAAGCAUGCCUACGCAAGCAACAAUGGUCCUACUCGCAUAACAUGUCCUACGCUGCACUUAGGGUCCUUUGCACUAUUGUUACUGCACUGGUCUUUGGAACAAUGUUUUGGGGUCUUGGUUUUAAGAGGAGCAAGGCACAAGACUUGUUCAAUGCAAUGGGUUUCAUGUAUACAUCAGUUCUCUUUACAGGGGCUUUACACGCAUUCACCGUUCAACAAGUAGUUGUAUUGGAGCGGAGAGUAUUUUACAGAGAAAGAGCUGCAGGGAUGUAUUCGGCCAUGCCUUUUUCCUUUGCAAUGAUUGUUGGGGAGGUCCCAUAUGUUUUGGGGCAAGCAAUAAUCUACAGUGGCAUAGUCUAUUCUAUGAUCGGAUUUGAGUGGAGGGGCGGGAAGUUUUGGUGGUACCUUCUCAUCAUGUUCUUAACGUUCUUGUACUCCGAUUUCUUGGGCAUGAUGUCAGUGGCCAUGACUCCGAAUCUGGACACCGCAUCCAUCUUCUCCAUUGCAUGCUUUGGAAUAUGGAACCUCUUCUCCGGAUUCUUGAUUCCACGACCACUUGCUCCAGUGUGGUGGAGAUGGUGUUACCUGUUUUCACCAAUUGCUUGGACAUUGUACGGACUGGUGGGGUCACAGUUUGGAGACAUUGGGGACGUGUUAGAGACAUCUGACACGGUGGAGACCUUCUUGCGUAUUUAUUUUGGUUUCCGACGCCAACUUGUACCACAUUCUGCUGCUAUUCUCUCUUCUUUUGUGCUCCUCUUUGCACUUGUCUUUGCUCUCUCCAUCCACAUCUUCCAUUUCCAAAAUCCAUGAAGAAGGUAGCAGCAGCCACAUUUAUUUGGCCGAAUAUAACAUGCUUUCUUUUAUUAUUACUAUUCAUAUCAUAAAACAUGUAUACUUUUUCACUUAUUUGUGAUUAUUAUAUCUAUAGUCAAACUACUUGUUCCUAUGCCCUUAAAUGUAUUAGACUCAUGAGCAAUGUGUUAAGACCCGGGUUCUAUCCGGAUAUGAACUUAAUACUCCGUAUUUUUAUGUUCACUACAUUAGGUUUGACACAUUAUUUAAGGAGUAAAGUAGUAGGUGUA